CAACAUCAUCAUCAUCAUCGGCAACAACAACAAAACGCGCAGCUAAAACAUGGGAACCGGUAAUUUUUUCUGGGUGAUAUUUUACUUUGCCAGUUUAUGUAGCGCCUCACUAGCUAAUAAUGCCAAAAUAAAUUUCCGAGAAAAGGAGAAAAAAGUCUUAGAUCAAAUUUUAGGUGCAGGCAAAUACGAUGCAAGAAUACGACCAUCUGGUAUCAAUGGAACGGAAAACUUAGCCACCUAUGUCUAUGUCAACAUGUUCCUACGGUCAAUUUCAAAAAUCGACGAUUACAAAAUGGAAUACAGUGUACAGCUAACAUUCCGUGAACAAUGGACAGAUGAACGUUUAAAAUUUGAUGAUAUACAAGGUCGUUUAAAAUAUUUGACCCUAACAGAGGCAAAUCGUGUCUGGAUGCCUGAUCUGUUCUUUUCAAAUGAAAAAGAGGGUCAUUUCCAUAAUAUCAUUAUGCCUAAUGUUUAUAUCCGUAUAUUUCCAAACGGUUCUGUUUUAUAUAGUAUUCGUAUCUCAUUAACAUUGGCUUGCCCUAUGAAUUUGAAAUUAUAUCCCUUGGAUCGACAAAUUUGUUCACUACGUAUGGCCAGUUAUGGCUGGACAACUAACGAUCUUGUCUUCCUGUGGAAAGAAGGCGAUCCCGUGCAAGUGGUAAAGAACUUACACCUACCUCGCUUUACACUCGAAAAAUUCUUGACUGAUUAUUGCAACAGUAAAACCAACACGGGUGAAUACAGUUGCCUCAAAGUCGAUCUACUAUUCAAGCGAGAAUUCUCAUAUUACUUAAUUCAAAUUUAUAUCCCAUGCUGUAUGCUGGUAAUUGUCUCAUGGGUGUCAUUCUGGCUAGAUCAAGGUGCUGUACCAGCUCGUGUUUCCUUGGGUGUCACCACACUGCUCACCAUGGCAACGCAGACAUCCGGUAUCAAUGCAUCACUGCCACCGGUCUCCUACACCAAAGCCAUUGACGUCUGGACUGGUGUGUGUCUAACGUUUGUAUUCGGCGCCCUGCUCGAGUUUGCCCUGGUGAACUAUGCGUCCCGCUCAGGUUCGAAUAAAGCUAACAUGCACAAGGAGAACAUGAAAAAGAAGCGACGUGAUUUGGAGCAGGCGAGUAUAGAUGCUGCUUCAGAUCUCUUGGAUACAGAUAGCAAUGCUACAUUUGCCAUGAAACCUUUGGUACGUCAUCCGGGUGAUCCAUUGGCACUGGAAAAGUUGAGACAAUGUGAAGUCCAUAUGCAGGCGCCUAAACGCCCCAAUUGCUGCAAGACAUGGCUGUCAAAGUUCCCCACAAGACAAUGUUCUAGAUCGAAGCGGAUCGAUGUUAUAUCACGAAUAACGUUCCCACUGGUCUUUGCCCUAUUCAAUUUGGUCUACUGGAGCACCUAUUUAUUCCGAGAGGAGGAGGAUGAGACUUUCUAAAGACCAUUGAUGAUCAUGAUGAAGUUCAUAAUCACCGCAAUGACGAUGAUGAUCAAGUUGUUGAGGCUAAUACGGAUGAUUGAUGUUAAAAAAACAUGAGAAUGGCUAUGUAGAAUUCUAUCGCUAAAACCACUAACGAAUCCAAAUCU